CCGCUUUCCCGUCGAUCAGUUCCAGCCGAAUCUCGAGAAACUCGUGAGCACAAACAACGCGACGCCGAAGCACGGUUAAUGUCCGCAACACCGCAACGCUGGGCCCGUUGCCGUCCCCGAUAGUCCCGCCACGGUCUGCGGGAGCAGCUACGACGUAAUGGCCGACAGCACCAGUUCCGGCGCUCCGGGCGCAGGAGCAGCCGCCACGGUGACACCCGCCGCCGGGGGUGCGGUCAACAAUUUUCAACACGCAAUCUCACAAUGGAGGAAUCUCGAUUUUACCGCGCUCGUCUCUAAUCUGGACAACACGGCAUCCGAGAUCGUGGCGUACCAGCGAGAUUCGACCGUGCAGAGGAAAGAUCUGGCGCAGAAAACGAAAGACUUCAGAAAGCUAGACGACGCCAGCAAGCUUACCGAAAUCAAGGCCUUGCUCAAGGCCUAUCAAACCUUCAUCGACCUCCUUACCAAUCACUCCAGGUCCGUCAACUCGGCCUUUCUACAAGCAUACACGGCACUGUCCGAUGCACCGGAUCCGUAUCCACUGCUCGAGGCCUCAGUGGAUUCUAUGCUCGUCUCGGAAGAGACGCUGCCGAAACUUAGCCAAGAAAACCAGCACCUGCAGGAGACUGUCUCGAGACUCACGACUCAGCUUGAAGACACCGAAUCUCGACUCCAAGCAGAAUGUGACACGAGGAAGAAGCUGGAGGAGAAUCUCGAGAGCAGGGUCAAGGAGGUCGAGGCGUCGUGGACUGCCGUGCUGGCGGAGAAGGAAGACAACUGGGCGGCCAAGGAGAAGGCGCUCGAGGACAAGGUCGAGAACCAGGACCGCCUCCUCAGCGAGAUCAAGGCGAGCUAUGAGGUCAACCAGCGGCUAGGAAAGUCUGACGAUGCAGGACAAGGUCAGCCAGGCCACGUCACUAGCGCCGAGCUGGAGAUGGUGCAGUCUGACCUUGAGCGGACCAGCGCCCGGCUUGCCGAGGUGGAGGCUCGCAACGAGCAGUUGCGGCUGGAGCUGGCUCAGGCCAAGUCGCAGGUGCCUUCCCAGUCCUCGGCAGCCCUGGAAGACGAUCCGAACUACAUGCGUGUGAGGUCGGAGAACUCGUCCCUGAUCCGGAAGCUCGACGCUGCGCGGGUGGAGAAAGAAGGCUUGAAAAGGGAGCUGGAUGCGAAACUUCGGGGGCUUGAGAGAGAGGUCGGCUUGCUGAAGGAGGAAAGGGACGCGCUGAAGUCGAAGGUGCAGAAAUGGAGUGACUACGACGACGUGAAGCAAGAGCUCGAGGUGCUGAAGAGCAUCGAGUUCUCCACAGGAGACGACGACGAGGGCCGGGAUGUUGCGGACGACGCCAACGGCUCUGCGAGCACGGGCAAGGGCGACACACUCGAGCAGCUUCUCCUAGCCCGCAACAGGAAGUUAAGCGAAGAGCUCACGAUCUUGCGCGUGUCGCACCAGGAUCUCCAGAGCAGGCUGCAGAAUCUGCAGGAGGAGCUCUCCCGAACGAACGCCGAGCUCGAGAAGUCGCAAAGCCUCAACGAGAAGCUCGAGAACGAGCUUUCGACCAUCCAGGCCGAGGCGCCCAACGCGUUUCCCUCGGGCGCCUCCGUCGCCGGCACCUACGUCAGCCGCUACACCCCCUCGAUCGCUCCCGGCCGCAAAGGAGGGCGGACAUCGCCGACAUCGUCCAUCAUCAGCGGCUUCAGCCCGCGCGACCUCUCCGAUGACAGGUCCGCAGGCAUGGGCGGCGGCUCGGGUAUCCUGCCCAUGAUCACGGCGCAGCGCGACCGCUUCAAGAAGCGCAACGCGCAGCUCGAGCAGGAGCUCUCGGAGACCCACCGCACCGUCUCGCAGCUCCGGCAGGAGAUCGCCGCGCUCCAGCGCGACAACCUCAACCUCUACGAAAAGACGCGCUACGUGUCUACGUACAACCGCGCCACGACCUCCUCCUCCGCCGCCUUCGCCGCCAACCCCAACCCAUCCAGCGUCCCCAUCACCACGCCCACCACGCCAGGCUCAGGAACCUUCCCGCUCGGAGGCGGAAGCAGCAGCGGCGGCGGCGGCGGCGGCGGCGGCAUCGCGCUGGACCGCUACCGCAAGGCGUACGAGUCGAACCUCUCGCCCUUCGCCGCCUUCCGCGGCCGCGAGUCCGCCCGCGCCUACCAGCGCAUGAGCCUGCCCGAGCGCCUCGUCUACGCGCUCGCCCGCACCGUCCUGGCCAGCCGCACCAGCAGGAACCUGUUCGCGCUGUACUGCGUCGCGCUGCACGCGCUCGUCUUCGUCGCGCUCUUCUGGAUGGGCGCCGCCGACGCGGACCGCCAGAGCUUGGCCGGCGGCGCUGCGGGGCUGGCUGCUGCUGGGGUGGGGCCGGGGCCGAGGGCCGGUGUGGGCGCUGCCAAGGGGUUGAAGGCGGCUGCUGCGGGCGGGGUGGGCGGCGGGUGAGGGGGAGAAAGGGGCGGGGGAAGGGAUGAGUGAGUGGGAGAGGUGGAAUCGGUAGUCGUCACUCUGCUGUGUCGGUGUGUGGAGCUGACGGAUCCGCG